AUGUCUUACAGCGAUCGCCUACGACGCAUUGCUUCCGAGAGCGAACGCUUGCAGUCGUUAUCUGGGUCCCGUCAACUUGUGCCUAAACGACACCACUCGCUCAUCGCACCGCUACCAUCAUCGGCACAUCCAUUCCCUGCUCCCCGACCUCUGACCUCUGAUUUGCUUGCGUUGGGUCUACAUCCCCAGAUCGCCGCAAAUAUCUCACAAUUUUAUCUCUCAAUCGCACUUUCGAUGAAAGAGACAUAUGAGAUUGAGUUUCGCCAAGCCGAGGACGCAUGCCUGGGGGUCAUCCUUAAACUUGGCCGUACCUCACCCAUACAAUCUCGUCUUCGUUCCACAUAUGUGUCUCGGUUUCUCGCAACGACACAGUCUUGGGUCGAAGAUUGUUUGUUGACCAUACGCCAGUGUUUGUUGGGAGCUACUUUGAAGCGCGGUAAUAGGUUGAAGCUACCAGCUUUUAUUGAUGUAAACCAUAGAUUCAAAACCGAGAUUGGCGAGCAGUCGGUUGCUUCUAAGAGCAUCUGCAAUCAACCUACCACAUGCAAAAUUGAGUCUGAAGAGCAGAGUCAAAAUCGAAAGAUGGUGCAUUUGACCUCACUCUUUCAAUCUUCAAAUUCCCACAUCAAACCAGAGAGCGGCAUCCUCCUUCACCAAGAAGCGCCCAAUGAGGCUUUCCCUACAAAGUACCAUCAUUCCUCAGCAAGGCAGGACUUAGACGCAUGUCUUAAGGUCUUAUCUCGCGGCUUGCGAAGAGCCACGCGCCAUUCUUCUCAUAGAACGUCAGACGUUGAUAGCCUGGUAUCCACCUUCGAUCACCUUUCUACCGAGGAAUGCUCGUCAGCCGACGAGACGAGAAAGUCGAGAAAGUCACUGGAUAUGGAUUGUCAACAUAUGCAAUCCUCCGCCCUCAUACAUCUGUCGACGUCAUCGGCGUCAAGGUUACCCCUUUCUACACCUUCAUCACCUUCGACGUCUCUACCGAACCCGUCUGUAAGGAGGUCAUCAGUCACCACCGUAACAUCUCCAUGUUCUCCUGAUAUUCACUCGGACCCAAGCUCGUCGUUCAAUCUGCUCAAUGCUAACCGCCGAAAAUUUGCAGCUCUGCCGAAGAAAGUUCGAAUGGUAGCAAGCCCCACUAUGCCUCAUCCAACUACUAUUCAGUCCGAAACGUCUCUUGCAAUCUCGCAUGCCGUCGAGAGUCCAUUGUCUACAUCGUCACCUGUCCUACAGGCUGAGCGACAUUCCCCCCUUCCCGUUGCGUUGCCUUUGACAGCAUCAGGCCUUCGCAGAAGAAGGAAACUUGCAGCUUUACCGGCGAGAGGUGUUCCUGGUACGUCGGUCAAAACGAUUGCGCCACCAUCUUUGGUCUCGUUUGCUCCGCUUAGCGUGGCCAAUGUCUCCUCCCUAUCUCCUCCUCGCUCUCGUUCUGUCGUCUCUCGCACACCCUCGCUGGUUUCAUUGGCAUCGGAUGAGUCGGGAUCAUCGUCCUCCUCAGACACCCUCGACACGCCGCCAUCAACUCCUCCACCAUUCAUCACAAAGUUGUUGUCGUCGAUCUCGCCAUCCUCGCUGUCGGUGAAUUGCUUCCCGUCAAAACUCGAACCGAACGUGUCAGCUGGCGACGUAUUCCAGUUCUCUUCGACAAGGGAACCCAAGAAGUUCGAGGGGAGUUUGCUUUCUGAACGUACUGCGUUCAAUUUCUCAACUACCAUGAAACAAGAAGAGCAAUCUUUCAGCUUUGCGUUCGGCUGA